CCCGCCCUAGGCGACCAUAUGCGCUAAGCGGUGACUACACAGCAGAGAGAGAGCUAAGAGGGGGAAAUUAUCACACAGUAACCAUGGGAAAGAAACAGAAAAAUAAAGGAGAUGACGGCGCCAAAGACGACGGAGUCGACAUCGACGCUUUAGCAGCUGAGAUCGAGGGAGCCGGCGCCGCAAAGGAACAGAACAAAGGCAAGAGCAAGAAGAAGAAAGGAGGAAAGAAGGAAGACUUUGAUGAGGACGACAUCCUGAAAGAACUGGAGGAAUUAUCACUUGAAUCUCAGGGAGGAAAAUCGAAGGAACCAGCAAAGAAAUCCGACUCCAUAGAGGAAGCGGAGCCCGAGCCAGCACCCACCAAGGCGGACAAGAAGAAGGCCAAGAAGGGCAAGCGUGAAGACGAUGAGGGUGAAGAAGCUGCGGGUAAAGACAACAUGGAGAACGAGAGCAGGACGAAAGGCAAAAAAGCAGUGGCGGCUCCCGUUGCUGCUUCUGCUGCUUCAGAGUCUGACGACGAAUCACAAUCCCGACGCAAAGCCAAGGCCGUCAAGAAGGGUGGGCGAAAGGGUGCGUCCGACUCUGAGGAUGACGAUGAAGAUGGACGUGCGAAGAAGGCUGGAGGAGGAGGAGACGCAGGAGAAGAUGAAGAGCAGUCGGACAAAGAGUCUCAGGUCGCACGCAAACAAAAGAAAAAGCAGAAAGCAAAACCCGACAGCGACAACGACGACGCAGAAGACGACGGUUCCUUCAAGAUGAAGACGGCGGCCCAGAAGAAGGCGGAGAAAAAGGAGAGGGACAAAAAAAAGAAGGAGGAAGAGAGAGCCAAGAUGAAGGCGAAAAAGGAGAAGGAGGAAGAGGCUACUAAGAAGGAUGCGCCCAAGGCUGCUGGAAAAGGUGCAGUCCCGUCAGAAGCAAAAAAGACGGAGGCGGAGGACGUAGACGGGGCCGAAGACCAGGGUGAAGAUGAGGGUGAGGGCGAGAAGAAGAAGAAGGACAAGAAGAAGAAGAAAGGAGAAAAGGAAGAAAAGGAGAAGAAGAAAGGGCCGGGCAAAGCCGCAGUGAAGGCCAUGCAGGAGGCCCUGGCUCGGAUAAAGGAGGAGGAAGAGCGAGCCAAGAGAGAGGAAGAGGAGAGGGAGAGACGCCUGGCUGAGAUGGAGGCGCAGAGGCUCGAGCAGGAGCGACUGGAAGCUGAGCGGAAAGAGAAGAAGAAGCAGAAGGACAAGGAGAGAAAGGAGAGGCUGAAGAAGGAGGGCAAGCUCCUGACCAAGUCUCAGAAAGAGGCUCGAGCUAGAGCUGAGGCCACGCUUCGUGCUCUGCAAGCCCAGGGUGUUGAAGUGCCAUCCAAAGACUCCAUGCCAAAGAAGAAGCCUGUUUACGGUGACAAAAGAAAAAAGAAGCCAACAGCACAAACCACUGAAGAGACCUCAGAAGUGGCCUCGCCCACGUCGGAGAUGUCCGAGCCGAUUGCCAUGACGAUGGACGUGAGCGCUUCGAAAACGGAGCCAGGCAAUUUUGCUGAACCUAAAGCUGACAGUGCAGAUCUGGAUGACUGGGAGGCCAUGGCUAGUGAUGAAGAAAGAGAGUUGAAGAAGGUACACAUCGAGGUGAAGGAAACAGCAGCCACUCCGUCAAGCCAGAAACCUUCCGGUCCUUCUGAACAGGAGAACGGUACUGAAGAGGACGACGAGGAGGACGAUGAGGAAGACGAUGAAGAGGAGGACGAGGAAGAUGAUGACAGCGACGAUGAGGAUGAAGAGGAAGAGAAGGAGAGCCGGACAGCAAAGGGGAAGAGCGUGAAGGAAGAGAGCUCGGAGUCGAGCAGCGAGAGCGAUUCGGAUGACGAGCGCACCAAAGAGGAGAAGAUGUACGACAAGGCCAAGAGACGCAUAGAGAAACGAAGACAGGAGAACCUGAAGAACAUUAAUGUGGAGAAACUGAGGGCUCCUGUGGUCUGUGUCUUAGGGCAUGUAGAUACAGGAAAAACAAAAAUCCUUGACAAGCUGCGACACACACACGUACAGGACGGCGAGGCAGGUGGAAUCACCCAGCAGAUUGGUGCCACUAACGUACCCUUGGACACCAUCAUUGAACAAACCAAGAUGGUGAAAAAUUUUGACAGGGAUACUAUAAAAAUACCAGGAAUGCUGAUUAUCGACACACCUGGACACGAGUCUUUUAGUAAUUUAAGAAACAGAGGCAGUUCUUUGUGCGACAUCGCGAUCCUGGUGGUGGACAUAAUGCACGGGCUGGAACCGCAAACCCUCGAGUCCAUCAACCUGCUGAAGGAAAAGAAGUGUCCGUUUAUUGUGGCUCUUAACAAGAUUGACCGUCUCUAUGACUGGAAGAAGAGCCCGGACACAGACGUAGUGGCAACACUAAAGAAGCAGAAGAAGAACACUAAGGAUGAGUUUGAUGAGCGAGCCAAGGCCGUCAUGCUCGAGUUCGCCCAGCAGGGUUUGAACGCUGCUCUGUUUCAUGAGAACAAGGACCCGCGUACUUUUGUGUCUCUGGUGCCCACGUCUGCACAUUCCGGUGAUGGCAUGGGCAACCUGAUCGCUUUGCUGGUGGAGCUGACCCAGACCAUGCUGGCACGUAGGUUGGCGCACUGCGACGAGCUCCGGGCACAGGUCAUGGAGGUCAAAGCUCUGCCCGGUAUGGGCACGACGAUAGACGUUAUCCUGAUCAACGGGAGCUUGCGUGAGGGCGAGACCAUUAUCGUGCCUGGCGUUGAGGGGCCGAUCGUCACUCAGAUCAGAGGACUGCUUUUGCCACCGCCUCUCAAGGAGCUCCGGGUCAAGAAUCAGUACGAGAAGCACAAGGAGGUGAAUACAGCUCAGGGAGUGAAGAUCCUGGGAAAGGAUUUGGAGAAGACGCUGGCAGGCCUGCCGCUCCUCGUGGCUCAUAAAGAGGACGAGAUUCCUGUACUGAGGGACGAACUGGUCAGGGAGCUGAAGCAGACGUUGAACGCUAUAAAGCUGGAGGAGAAGGGUGUGUAUGUACAGGCAUCGACGCUCGGCUCUCUUGAAGCGCUGCUGGAAUUUUUGCGCACAUCCAAAGUGCCUUAUGCUGGCAUUAACAUUGGUCCUGUUCAUAAGAAAGAUGUAAUGAAGGCGUCUACAAUGCUAGAGCACGACCCACAGUACGCAGUGAUCCUGGCGUUUGAUGUGAAGAUCGAAAGAGACUCUCAGGAGAUGGCCGACAGUCUGGGCGUGCGAAUCUUCAGCGCCGAAAUUAUUUACCACCUAUUCGACGCCUUUACUAAAUACAGGGAAGACUACAAGAAACAGAAGCAGGAGGAGUUUAAGCAUAUAGCAGUGUUCCCCUGUAAGCUCCGCAUCCUGCCUCAGUUCAUCUUUAACUCCAGAGACCCUAUAGUCAUGGGCGUGAAUGUGGAUGCAGGUGUACUGAAGACAGGCACCCCGCUGUGUGUACCUAGCAAAGGGUUCGUGGAGAUCGGCAUCGUGACCAGUAUCGAGGUCAACCACAAGCCAGUCGACACGGCGAAGAAAGGGCAGGAGAUCUGCGUGAAGAUCGAGCCGAUUCCCGGAGAAUCGCCCAAGAUGUACGGCCGUCAUUUCGAGGCUGUAGAUAUCAUCGUUAGCAAGAUUACUCGCCAGUCCAUCGAUGCUCUGAAGAACUGGUUCAGAGAUGAGAUGCAGAAGUCGGACUGGCAGCUAAUCAUGGAGCUGAAGAAAACUUUUGAAAUCAUCUGAGCACAGACAGUGACUUUUAGACUGACUUGUAUUUUGAAAACACACACACAUAGAAACACACACACACACAUACACACACACCUACAUACACACACACAUACAUACACACACACAUGCAUACACACACACAUACAUACAUACACAUAUACACAUACACACACAUAUACACAUACACACACUGACACGUGAAGGGUAAGUGUGUGUGUGUGCAGGGUCGAGACAUGCUCCUCCCUGUUUUCCCUCCAUCUCCUCCGUUAUGAGUGGUGGAGACGACAGAAAAAGAUGAAAGAGAGAUGUUUGAAAAGAUGUUUUUCUGUGAGAAACUGAAUCUAUUACCACUGUUUUUAACAGUGACCGUUAGAGAAACAUUUACACACUAUUCCAGACGUGCCUGUCAUUUCUGAUCGACUUGUUUAGUUUCCCUGAAGCAUGGAUCUGCUUUUAAGGAAGCUUUAAAGGGAUAGCUCACCAAAAAAUGGCUAAAGAUGUAUGAAAGCGAACAUGCAGUCAUCAGCGCGGUUAUUAACGAAUGCUAGCUAACCUGCUCCUGCUGGCUUUCAUUAAUGGGUAGCAAUGUUAACAUGCUGGUGUUUAAAGUGUAGUGCCAGUUUUGCAGGCUCAGUUCUAGCUGAUCUUUGUGCAAACUUUAGCAUCAGUGGUGAUGACACUCUAUCAAAUCACAUGUUAUAACUGUGUUCAUUACACCACAUAGUGUACGAGAGGGGGAAAUAGGGGCAAGUGGGGAUUUCACUUGUUGGACUUUAAAUUGGAAAAAAAAUUAAACAGGGAUUUUAGAUGUUGCGAA